CUAUGCUACCGUGUCCAAGCCAGAACGGCCACUCGCCGGAUCUCUUUCCAUAUCCUCUCUUGUUGCUGUUCAUCCUGAAAAUAAACUCUAUCAAGCAAAAACCAAGAAGCUCUCUUCGAAGCAAGGCCCAUAACUGUUCAUUCUCUGCCUUCGCUUUUGUUGAUUCUGUUCUAUUCAAUUAUGAGAAAACCAUUAGGCCGCAUCACCCAAUCAAAUCACAGAGAGAAAUGACACAUGCAUUAUCGCUUUGUUAUGUACAGUAAACAUUGAAAAGGACACACCUUUAACUUUCGCAAAAUGAUGCAAGAAAAGGCACAAACUUUAAUUUCUCUCCCAAUUACUCUACUCGUCUUCUCUCCUUUGCAUUGGAGGAGGGAGGGGGGAAAAGGUCUCUCGGUUUAACCCAGUUCUCCACCAUGGAUCUGUGGCUAAGUUCUCUGCAAAGCAAGGCGACCCAUCUCUUGGUCACUGAAAUCCACGCCUUAUUCCUUGAAUCGGGUUUCGUCGGCUUCAAUUCCGUCACCGGAGCCCCAAUUGAAAACUUCCCCGACUUGCCCAAUUCCGGCCAGAGCUCCACUUUAUCCAUCUCUUACACCCUUCCCACCCUCCUCCACCUUGCUCGCAAUGAUCGGAUUGAGAAUCCUCCAUCCGUACUCGUCAAGUUCCAAACCCUAGGCGGCUUCCUGGUGAUUUGCGGCUCUCUGGCCCGAGACGGUUCGAGUCUGUACAGGCGAAAGGUGCACAAGAGCAAAGCAUUCUCGUCGGUUAUCAUGUACGGGAACGUUUCGGAGUUUCGGAGAAGGCUCAAGGAUGGGCUGUGUUUCCCGUUGCUGAUCGACAUCUCCGAGGCGGCAGGAUUGCCUGGGCCGAACUGUUUCUCCACCCUCCCCAACGAGCUCAAGGUCGGAAUCAUGGCGCUGUUGCCGGCGACCGCGAUUGCGAGGAUGGAGUGCGUUUGUGCUAACCUCCGGAGCUUGUCUUCCUCCGGCGACGACCAGCUGUGGGGGACAAAAUUCGCCGACGUGUUUGGGGAGGUUCAGGGGUUGGAGCCCGGAUCGAGUUUGUCGAUGGCGGUGGCGACGACUUGGAAGCAGCGGUUCGUCCGGACAGUGAUGAAGAAGAGGAAGCAGGAGAGAGCUCGGAAUUUGGCCAAGGAGCAAGCGUUGAUGAGGUAUUGGGACUGGGGGCAGCAGGGGCAGCUGCAAGAGUUAGUUCGCCUGGCCGGCGAUGCAGCGGCCAAUUAGAGACGACGCUUUAGGGUUUACGUCUCUCUCACCUUGUUUCUUUUUUCCUGCAAUUAUACAGCAGCUGCCUAAUGGUUGAAGUUACUGUUCUUGUCAUCUUUUGUGCCCUUUGCAGUGAAAGGGUUCCUUUUGUGUCGCUGAUUCUGUAUGAAUGUUUUCGACCUUGUUAUAUACUUAGUUAUGCUUGUUUGUUGAUCCAAGAGUCCCCAACAGUAUCAGAAAGCUGGCUUGUGUGACAACCUAUUGGCUCAAAGCUCCAUCUUUGCACAACUUACUCUGUUUUCGUCAGUGCAUGGAAGGUGUUCGACCAAAUGUCCAAGAGAGCUGCAUCUCUCAGGAACUCAUGCCUCUUGUGUACUUCAGCAGCGAGAAUCUUCUGAGGCAUUGGAUUUGCUUCAAGAAUCGAUAAUGGAUAUAUUAUCACCUCUUGGCAAAGAAAGCAUUGAGAUGUUUUUCACGAAGUGCGGAGUUUGAGCUGUGUGGAGUUUAUUACCUGUCAGCAGCCUCUGCUUAUCAUGCGAUUGGACUCAUACACAGUUGCUUUGAGUGUGAUAUGUUCUGCAAAUGUGUCUCUCUGGUUAGAGCUUAUGAAGUCAAUCAAAAUGCUAAUAUGAUUGAAGAAAUGGAAGGGGAAAGUGUUUUCAGCAUGAUUUCUGACUUACCUCAAUCGAGCCAAUAGUUCAUCACGAUCCUUCCAUGGUUGAUACAUAUUUGUAAGGGCUGCAGCCAGUCGGGUCUCUAUGUGGAAGCUGAUGAAGCUCUCUACAGUUACGCCAAUGAAUUACAACUUGUCUGUCGACAGGCGAUUCCCCUGAGGCAUAAUGAUCGAGGGCGGUAGCUGAAAUCUGCAACAGACGGAAGAACCAACAAACUUUAACAAUGAGCUCCAAGGAAGAUCAUUACUAGGUAACAUCAAUUGUUAUACAGACAGUGUCUAACUUGCUGCAAUCUGCUGUGUGAAAAUUCAUUUAGUGACUAUUGUUUUGUUCCCAUCAAUGGCAGUAUCAGCUAGCAUGAAAGCUAUUUAGUUUGGUAGGAACCUCCAUGUUACCUGCAGUGUUUGUUAAAAUAUCAUUUCUAACUGAAUAAUUAGUUUGAGAAACUCUCAAGGUUCUGGUCGGAGUUGAAAAUACUGCAUUUCGUUUUUCUUACCUUUUGAAAAUUAACUGCUAUCCAAAAUUCAAAUACUACACGGUUGGGCUGAUAAAAUCAGUUUAAAAUGUAUUUCUAAGAGAAUCCAUGAUUGUUAAAAUAAUGGCAAGAUAAACUUCGAGGUUAAGAAUGAAAGUACAGGGAUAAAAACUAUGGUAAAUGACUGAAUGUAUUUAAACUUGUGCAGUUUAGUUUUCUGGUUUCUGUAUCAUCCUGACCUGAUCUCUCAAGAUGGGUGGCCUUCCUGUGGCAGUUCUCUGGCUUGUUCUUUCUCUGGGUUAGUUCCAUAAUUCCAUCGCCCUGCUUCUUUGUGAGUCGUUGACGUUAUAUCGUAUUUGUUUCACAGUAUGCGCUGUUCUACAUCGAAUAAUCGGUGGUGGUCUCCGUUGUUGUUCCAAUGCUGAUGCACCUUCUUCACUAUGAUUCACUCUUCCAUAACAUUAUCAGACAUCUCUUGCUAAUAAACACAAAAUGUAUCG